UUAAAAUAACCUUUGUUGACAUGAGUAAAUUAAAUGCUUAAAAAAGUUUUAUUUAUUUUAAACAGAAAAGAGGUCAAAUGAGAAUACAGAAACCUGUGGGUGUUUACUAUAUCAGACCAUGACCUAAGAUUAGAAACUUAAAACAACUAAAAAAACGUUAAUUUUGAUGCAAGUAUUUAUUUACUUUUUGUCCUGGAAAAAACUUAUUCUAAAGUAAUGUAUUAUCACACGCAGGUUAAGGGGAUGUGGCGAGAGUCCCUGUGCAUUGUUAACAUAUUGUUUUAAAACCAGAAUGAAAAAGAAAGCAGUUUUUACAUUUCUCAACAGGAUAAACAAGAUCACGCAAAACAUUCCGACUCAGUUUAACUAAGAAAGCAAAAAUUUUGGAAACUUGGAGAAAAAAAAAAAAAAAAGGUUUCCUCGCAGAUUCCAUCAGAAUGGGCUGAGCUGGUAUAAAACCAGGGAGAAGGGGACCUACUGGUGAUGUUAGAUGCAGAAGAGGAGGAGGCACCUGAGCAGCAAAGGUAGGACUCAUGAACAGCAGAAAAACCUGCUUUCACUCAGUGAAACAGGCUUUUUAUUUGAUGUCAACUCAACAAGCUGGCCUUUCCAAAAAAAUAAUUAAUAUAUUUUAAAAUCUUUAAAAUUUAAUUGACUUUUUCUGAAUGUACUGAUUUGCAUUGUUUAUGUGUAUAUUUCAGAUGAACUCUCAUGCAGUAAUUUUAGUUGCUGUGUGUGUCCUUGUACCGGGCUCCUACUGUGAAACAGACACGAUCUCAUGGUGUUACAAUGAUGCAAACUGCAGUGCCGCUCACUGGGCCACCCUCGCUCCUCAGUACUGUAAUGGGACCCGCCAGUCACCCAUCAACAUUGUCUCAGCAAAUGCCACAGGGAACGCCAACCUGACUGCCUUCACCUUUGAGGGCUAUGGCAACACCAGUGCCUUAGGUGUCAUGAAAAACACUGGAAAGACAGUCCAAGUCACCUUGAAACCAGGGAUUAAAAUCUCUAGUGGCAACCUACCUUCAAUUUACGACACCCUUCAUGUUCAUUUGCACUGGGGAAACGGUACCGCUGUCCCUGGUUCUGAACACACCGUGGAUGGGAAGCGUUAUCCUAUGGAGUUGCACAUCGUAAACAGCAAGUCAACCUACAACCAAAACGUAACUCUUGCUCAGGAAGAUUCUACAGGAAUUGCUGUUCUAGGUUUCUUAAUUGAGGAACUCACAGGUACAACUGGCCAGCCGGCAAGCUGGAAAAUCUUAACCUCACUGUUGGCUAACAUCUCAGUGGCUGGACAAUCAGUGGAGGUGCCAGCUGGGAUUUCUCUGGACGAUCUCCUGGUUGGAGUGGAUCGUACCAAGUAUUACCGCUACCUCGGCUCCUUGACCACCCCCAACUGUAAUGAGGCUGUUAUUUGGACUGUCUUCAAGGACACAAUUAAAGUCAGCAAAGACCUGAUUGACCUUUUCAGCACGUCGCUGCACAUCAACGACGGCUCCUCUCCUCUGAUGGUUAAUAUCUAUAGAAGCAUCCAGCCUGCACAGCCAGUCUCCACACAACCCAAGUCCUCUUCCACCAGAACAGGCUUCUCCUUGGGUCUGAUGGUUCUAGGCCUUGCUCUCAGGUGGAUCUAAAGCACGAAUCAGAGCUGAAAUCCAAAUGUUGCCAACACUGCUGCUCCUGUUUUGAUGGCAUCUGCACAGAAGGAGGAUAAGUCCUCUAAACGUUGAGCCUUUAUAAAACAACUCUUUAGUUUCCAGCAUUAUACAGUUAAAAUUUGCUAUUGAUAUGUAACUUAUCCAUUAUCACUCAAAUCAGAGGCAGUGACUAAUUCACAGAUUUGUGUUGUCUUAUAUAAAAAAAAAUAAAUAAUGAAAUAAAAAUGGGAACUUCAGAUGGAAACACAAACUAUGAAGGUUUUUCUGCGUUUAAUCUGAAUAAUGUAACUGAGGCCUUUUUGUGUUUAUUAGUUUGUGUAAUGAAGGUUAAAUGCAUUACUUGCAAAAAGUUGUUUGUUAUAAUUUAUCUAUUUAUCUCUUGUUUUGAUGUUGUGAAUUAUUGCACAUUAAAUUAUAUCACACCU